AUGGAGACGGUCGUCAUCGUGGCCAUCGGGGUGCUGGCCACCAUCUUCCUGGCAUCCUUCGUGGCACUGGUGGUGGUCUGCCGGCAGCGGUACUGCCACCCCAAAGACCUCCGGCACCACUACGACACCAAACCCAUCGUGGACCUGAUGGGGACCGCCGAGACACCCUCGGAGCCCUCGGAGCUGGAGCUGGACGAUGUGGUCAUCACCAACCCCCACAUCGAGGCCAUCCUGGAGAACGAGGACUGGGUCGAGGACGCCUCGGGUCUGGUGUCCCACUGCAUCGCCAUCCUGAAGAUCUGCCACACACUGACGGAGAAGCUGGUGGCCAUGACCAUGGGCUCGGGCGCCCGGGUGAAGUCACCCGCCAGCCUGGGUGACAUCAUCGUGGUGGCCAAACGCAUCAGCCCCAGGGUGGACGACGUGGUGAGAUCCAUGUACCCCUGCCUGCAGGAGGGGGGGGGCCGCUUGCCCUGGGUGCAGAAGACCCCGGCGCUGACCCGAGGGAAGGACGUGCAGUGUGACAAGGAGAGGAGCUGCCCCGAUGGGAACACGUGCUGCCGGCUGAGCUCGGGCACCUGGGGGUGCUGCCCGCUGGAGGAGGCCGUCUGCUGCCCCGACCACGUGCACUGCUGCCCCCAGGGCUACACCUGCGACCCAGUAGGGGGCAGCUGCCUGCAGGAGGGGGGGGGCCGCUUGCCCUGGGUGCAGAAGACCCCGGCGCUGACCCGAGGGAAGGACGUGCGGUGUGACGAGGAGAGGAGCUGCCCCGACGGGAACACGUGCUGCCGGCUCAGCUCGGGGGCCUGGGGGUGCUGCCCACUGGAGGAGGGGAUAUGGAGGUCCCUCACCCCAUUCCCACUCUCCGCAGCCCCUCGUGCUGUCCCUUGUCCCGACGGACGGUCCGAGUGUCCCGAUGAUGCCACCUGCUGCAUGACGACGAAUGGCACCUGGGGGUGCUGCCCCAUGCCCCAGGCCUCAUGUUGUGCCGACAAGGUGCACUGCUGUCCCCACACCACCAUCUGUGACCUGGCCCACGGGCGCUGCCUGUCACCCACUGGUGACGGUGACAUCCCCCUGGGCACCGCCUUCCCCGCCUGGAAGCGUCAGCCUCCAGCACCAGUCGCUUUGCACGAGGUGCUGUGCCCCGACGGCCACUCGGCAUGUCCCGACGGUGCUACCUGCUGCCAGCUGUCCUCGGCGCAGUAUGGCUGCUGUCCCCUGCAAAACGCGGUGUGCUGCAGUGAUGGGCAGCACUGCUGCCCGCAAGGCACUGUCUGCGACCUGGAGCGCUCCACGUGCACGUCAGAACGGUCCCUGGCAUCCCUCCCCAAAGGACAAGACUGGGGACCCUCCAUAUGA